AUGAAGCAAUCGACGGCGGCGGCGGCGGCGGCGGCGGACGGGUCGACGCCGGCGUGCGGGAGCAAGACGAAGGGCGAGUACAACACGCCGCUGCACGUCUUUGCGCUGGUGUUGAUUCUGGUGCUGAGUACCGCAGCCUGCGCCUUUCCCAUCAUCGUCCGCCGAUUCCCGCGCCUCCCCGUCCCACACCACUUUUUGUUCCUCUCGAGACACUUCGGCACCGGCGUGCUGAUCGCGACGGCAUUCGUGCACCUCCUGCCCACGGCCUUCACCUCGCUGACGGACCCAUGCCUGCCGGCUUUCUGGAACCAAGGAUACCCGGCAAUGGCCGGCCUGAUUGCCAUGACGGCCGUGUUUGUGGUCGUGGGGAUAGAGAUGUUCUUCGCAAGCAGGGGAGCGGGCCAUGUGCACGGCAGCGACUACGACACGCUGGGCGGGGGAGGAGCCGGUGGAGAGGCACACGGCCACGCUCACGGACACGCCAGCUACGAGAUGGGCAACGGCCGGCCGCGCAGCCACGGCCGCAGCACGAGCUUCAACCGCUUCAAGUCGGGCAGCUUGCGGCCGGGCGACGGCGACGACGACGACGAAAACUACGCCGAAACGGACAACCUGGUCGCCGGCGUCUCGCCCUCCAUCCCCCCGCCCACCCCGUCCCCGGCCCACGCCCACACCCGCAUCCCGCUCGACGACGACGAAGAAGCCCAGACGAAGCCCAUCCACGGCGACGACAGCGACUCCGACUCGGACCUCGACCUCCCAGAGCUCGACUACCUCGCCCCCGGUACCGCCUCCUCCACCGACGCCUCCGGCCUCCUCAACGGCGCCCCAUCCCAAAAAUACCGCAACAACGACACCCACAACCGCCAAAGCACCGACUCCACCCACCACCACCACUCCCUCCUCACGCCCACCCAACAACAGCGCAAGCAGCUCCUCCAAUGCCUCCUCCUCGAAGCCGGCAUCCUCUUCCACAGCAUCUUCAUCGGCAUGGCCAUCUCCGUCGCCACCGGGCCGCCCUUCCUCGUCCUCCUCGUCGCCAUCUCCUUCCACCAGACCUUCGAAGGCCUCGCGCUCGGGUCGCGCAUCGCCGCCCUCGCCUUCCCCGCCCGAAGCCCGAAACCGUGGCUCAUGGCGCUCGCGUACGGCACGACCACGCCGCUGGGCCAGGCCGUGGGGUUGGGGAUACAUGGCUUGUAUGACCCCGCGAGCGAGACGGGGCUGUUGACGGUGGGGGUGAUGAAUGCGGUUAGUAGCGGGUUGUUGUUGUUUGCGGGCUUGGUGGAGCUGUUGGCGGAGGACUUUUUGAGCGAUGCGAGUUAUCAGACGCUGAGGGGGGGGAGGAGGUUGCAGGCUUGUGCGGCGGUGGUGGCGGGGGGUGGGUUGAUGGCGUUGGUGGGGGCGUGGGCGUGA